UGUUUAGUUUUUGUUUUUYCCUUCUCGAUAUAACUAGACCUGCUGGACUCGAACUUGACUCGAUCACCCGAGUAAAUCAUCUCACAUACGUUUGCAGGAAACUUCAGUGAAAAUAUGGGAACUGAUGCUGGAAGGAGUGGAUUCUCAGUUAGGUCAGUAACCGACCGACCGCCUGGGCCCCCGAACGCGGGUAGAAAAGGAAUGUUCCAGAUGCUGCGAAACCGCAAACAGGUCUCCUUCCGUUUCUUUCUCACUCUCAACCCAGACGACGGCUCCAAGCCCACCCCCACCAUGGAGACCCACAUCCCCCCUGAGGGCGAAGAGAUAACUGCUCCGACACUAUGGAUAAAACAUCUGGGCUACAUGGAGAAUAAGCAGAACGGCUCCACUUCCAGAAGGCAAGAAAAGGUUCCGUCUUGUGACCAGGAGAGACAGAACGCCCUGAACGAGGCUCAGCAGAGUUCUCGGGAGUCCAUUAUCAUUCCGGACUGUGGGUCCGGAGGUCUUUACAAACCAGUCCAGUGCCAUCAGCACACUGGUUACUGCUGGUGUGUUUUAGUGGACACAGGACGGCCCAUCCCCGGAACCUCAACCUUGUUCAAGACGCCGGAGUGUGACGAAGACGCGCGGUCUUACGUGGCGGAUCCRGAGGACCCGUUCCACGUCAGGCCCCUGCAAGGCUGCCCGGAGGGRAAGAAGGGGGAAUUCAUUACAAGCUUGUUAGACGCUCUCACAACCGACAUGGUGCAAGCCAUAAACUCACCGGCCCCCUCUAGUGGCGGGAGGUUUGUUGAACCUGAUCCCAGUCACACUCUGGAGGAAAGAGUGGUGCAUUGGUACUUUGCCCAGCUGGAUAACAAUGGCAGCAAUGACAUCAACAAGAAGGAACUCAAACCUUUCAAGAGGUACCUGAAGAAGAAAGCUAAACCUAAGAAAUGUGCCCGCAAGUUCACCGACUACUGUGAUCUGAAUAAGGACAAGGCUAUUUCGCUGCAGGAGCUGAAAGGCUGCCUCGGUGUCAGCAAAGACGGAAGCUCGUUGACAAGCGGCAGUCAAGGAACAAGGCAAGGGACAAAACUGUUCAGUAAGCACUGCUCUCACCAACACUGCUUAAAGCUUUAAACACAUUUAWACCAUGUAUUAAAACUGUCACUUAGCCACUGUUCAUCUUUAGCUGCAAGAUUAUCCAUCAUGGAAGGACAGGGAACCCUUAUUUCAUAGAUACAUUGGUGUUUCUUUAAGUAAUCAAAAGUAUUCUUUGUUCUUCCAGUUCUUYGUUACAAAUUAAAACUGUUUGCUACUGAA